AUGGAAAUUAACAUGAGGUCUGAAGUCAAGUGGGUUUCAAGUUCAGGCAUUUUGAAGGGAAGGAUAAACAUCAAAGCAAAGGAAGGUAAUAUGGACGGUCUGAGAGAACUGGUGAAGAAAAUGAAUACUACCCAAAAGGAUGCAUUCAGGAGGGAGUAUGGGAAUUUGUUGGGCCUGAUAGAGGUGGAAGUUCAAACAUCAGCAAUCACCACCUUAGCCCAGUAUUACGAUCCACCGCUGAGAUGUUUCACUUUUCGGGAUUUCCAAUUGGUGCCAACAGUGGAAGAAUUUGAGCAAAUCUUAGGUAUACCUCUUGAGGGAAGAACUCCAUACAACUACCUUGGGCAGUAUAUCCCUGUCUUGCAACUAGCGAGAAUCAUAAAAAUACACCCUAUGCAGUUAGAAAGGGAAUUCACAACCAGAGGCAAAGUGAGAGGCCUUCCUCAGAGAUACCUAGAGCAGUACCUGCAUCGUUUGGCUGAAGAAGAAAGGUGGGAAACAUUUAUGGAUGUAUUGGCCCUUCUCCUUUAUGGUGUCAUGCUUUUUCCUAACUUCAAGAACUUCAUCGACGACGCCGCCAUAAAUGCAUUUGUGGGAUACAAAGAUCGCUCUGAGAAUCCGGUCACCGCUGUCCUAGCUGAAGUUUAUGGUACUCUUCAUCAUUGUUAUGAGAAAAAGGGAGGACAAAUGUUAUGCUGUCUGCCAAUGUUGUAUGUGUGGUUUGUCUCUCGGGUGAUUGAGAACGCCUUGAAUGCCACAUGUCCCGUGGAUGAGCUACUGCAGUGUAAACCAAAUAUGAAAGGGACAAACGAAUAG